UUACGGACAAUCCUGAGUCAGUUGUAAACAAAUUUUAAUUUUUUUCGUGAUAUCAUGGUUAUCCAUAAUCAGUGCAUUCUUCAAUGAAAAUAUUGAACGUAAUCUGGUUUUAAGAAUGCCACUAAACGCGAAUAAAACUGAUCGUAAAUCUGACGAGGACGACGAGUUUUUCAAGCCAACUGCCAAUUCUAGUUUGGCGAAAGUAUUUGGUAUUUCGAAGAGCAGUCCUCCGAAAACCGUAUCUUCUGCAGAGGUACCAAAAUCAAAUCGGCUUUCUGAUCGGUAUGGAUCAUCUUCUUUUCGAUAUGUCCCCCCCUCUUCGACGCAAGCAGAUGAAGAUAAACAGGAGCAAAUUUCGGACAAAACGAUUGCAACGUUGAAAUUGGUGCAGGCUAGUGUUGUUGCUGCAUACAAACUUGUCGGAACUGAAAACGUCUCGCAAGGAAAGCUUGGGCUAGCAUUAUUAAAUUCUGAAGACGGGUACAAGGUGCUUUUGUAUAGAACUAAAACCGAUGUCUUAGCCACUGUCAAUAUAUCUACAUCGACUAAGAUGUUCCUUAAGAGCAACUAUCUUCAAUUUCAUAGUGACGAUGAAUGUUUCUGGAGUGUUUCGUUUGAUCAACCGACUGAACGAGAACAUCUACUGAGUAUUAUCGUUAAGGUUUGCGUGGUCGAGAAGCAGAAAGAUGACGUAGCAAUGUGUAGGCCAAUCCCAGCUUCGAGAACGACUAUUCCGGUUGUAGAAGAACCAGACUCUGAUUCCACAGAUCAAAAAAAGAUUAACUUAAUUUCACGUAUAGCAAAAGUAGGUCAACCAAUAUUACUUCAGGAGAAACAAUGCAGAACAGAAAUAAGUGAUUCAUCUGACACAGACGUUCGAAUUGAAACUAUUCCCCGGCAUCGACGAACAGGCAGCGGAAGCAGAAUUCAUCCGGUUAGUAUUGGAAUGCAGAUGUUACCUUCUUCAAAUGCACUCAGUACAGCCAUAGCUGGUCAAAACCUGCUUCAAACAACAGCUGAUUGUAAUUUCAAUAUGUUAAUGACGGAAAACCGUAUGCAAAGCUCAGAGUUGCGAAUGAAUUUGUCCAAAAUUGAAUCCAAGCUGGAACGAGUUCUGGACAAAAUCGAUUUACUAAAUCCAUCUGGACCUUCUGGAUACGCAAAAUCAACGUUCGACAAGGAUGAGGAUAUUUUACAUUUAGAAGAAACGGUACUAGAGUUGAAAAAAGAGAACCAUUUGUUGAAAAGAAAAGUAAGAAAUUUGGAGAUGGAAGCUACAUCUAGCAAACAGUUCCCUGAAAUGGAUGAGUUGCUGAUUCAAGCGGAAAAACGGUACCAAUUACUGCAUGACGAAGCAGAAUCACUACGUGAAAAAGUUCAGUCGAGUGAAAAAAAGUGCCUCGAGAAUAGCAAAGAAAUCGAAAGAUUAAACGCCGAACUCGUGCAGAAAAUGACGAUGGCGGAAAAAGCUGCCAAAGAUAUAAACCAUUUAGAGGAACAACUAGCUGCAAGUCAAAAUGAUCGAACCCUGUUACAACAAACAAAUAAAGCGUUGGAAAAUGAUCUACAAUGUUGUCGGGCAACAGUCACUGCUUUACAGCAAGAGCAGCUUGCUCAGGGCGAACAGCAACAAAAGCGGCAAGACGACAUUGUGAAAAAUAUCAUGAAUAAUUGCUUUCACCGAAUACGCGAAGAAAUUAACGACGUGCGUGUGCUUAAAAUUAUUGGAGACGUAUUUAAGAAAGAAACAAAAGCAGUUAUCCAUGCUCGAGUGGCAAAAUAACCUACUGAGGUCCAAAGUUAGAGGUAUAAAAGCAUGUACAUUUUAUCGCAAAAUUAACUAGAAAAUAAACUAAGGAAAUAUAAACAAUUUCUUUUUAUAAA